CCUAAAAGGAGUGACGCCUACUCCUUAUCAUAUGAAGGACACGUCACUCCACUUGAGAAGCUCACCGUUGCAAUGAACCAAGGUAACGACGACACUACACUAUUCAUCUUCAUUCUUUUCAAUAUUUGAUACUAUUUCUCAUCAUUCAUUUGUUUCCCCCUUCAAUUCAUCAUAAUGUUCAAGUUCAAAUCAUGGCGCCAUAAAACCCUAAUCUAUUAUCUCAAGGGAUUAACAUUACAAUCCCCAAACCCUAACCCUUUUUUCCAACAUUACCCAUUACCAUUUUCUCUGCAUUUCUCCACCACUACUUCCGAUGAUUCAACCUCAUUUGCAGCCUCCUACCUCAUCAACAAUCUUGGGUUUUCCACACAAUCUGCUUCCAAACUCUGUUCCACUUACAAUUUUACUUUCAAGACUGCUCAAAACCCUGAUUCUGUUCUCAACGUCUUUAGAAACCAUGGUUUCUCAGAUUCCCAACUUCGCCAUAUGAUUGCCAAGUUACCAGAACUACUUUCCUGCAACCCCUCCAAAAGGGUGUUGCCAAAGUUUCAAUUUUUUCUCUCCAAAGGUGCAUCUAACUCUGACAUUGUUAACCUUAUCAGUCAGAACCCUAGAAUCUUAUCUCCAAGCCUGAACAAUCAUAUAGUUCCAACCUAUGAAUUGGUUUAUAGAUUCUUGAAAUCUCAUAAGGAGACUAUUGCUCGUGUAAUUCUUAAUUCAGCUUUUCAUGGAGACUAUCAUGUCCCUUCUAACAUCAAAUUGCUUAUUGAGAACGGAGUGUCUGAGUCAAACAUUGCAAGAUUGCUUCGGAGCUGGCCCCUGGCAUUGCGGACACGAUACAACAUGGUGAAGUUGGUGGAGGAAUUAAAGGAUUUAGGGUUUAAUCCUUCAAAAACAACUUUCUCAAUAGCAGUGGUUGCCAAAACAUAUGUAAGCGAAACCCGGUGGAAAGAGAAAGUUGAUGCUUUUAAGAAAUGGGGUUGGUCUGAUGAAGAUGUUGUGAAUGCAUUUAAAAAGCAGCCUUACUGUAUGUUAGUAUCAAUUGAUAAAAUUAAUUUAUUGAUGAAUUUUUGGGUCGAACAGUUGGGUUGGGAUCCUCUUGUCCUCGCCAAAGGACCGUCGCUUUUUUUGUUAAGUUUGGAAAAAAGGAUCAUUCCUAGGGCCCAAGUAGUGCAAUUUCUGCUGAAGAAAGGUCUGCGAGAAAAGAAUGCAAGCUUAACUUCUCCAUUUAUAGACAGCAAUAAGUUGUUCCUUGAUAGAUAUAUCAAACGUUAUAAGGAGGAGUCAUCUUAUCUAUUAAAGCUUUAUGAAGAAAAAUUGACUCUUGAGGACAAAACUGAAAUGUCAUGAACAAAUUUUCAGCUUCUUUCUUUCACUAUGCUCACACAAAGAAUAAGGUUAGCGAGGAGCUACCAAGUUUGUCAUAUCCAACCAGAGGAAGUUGGUAACUAGAACCUUGGUCAAGAUGAGGAGUGAGAAAAGUGUAUUCUGAAUUGCUUAGUUGGAAGAAAUAUUUAGAGGGUAUGACUAUGUAUAUGCUAGUUGGAAUUUUGACAACUUCUUGAAUUUCCCUUUAGGAUGUUGUGGUAAUAGAAAUGACCCCCCUUCCUGAUUUUCCUCUUACAAAUAUUUUUUUUUUCUAUAAAGAAUAGACUAAUUUGAAACUGUAUGGGCUAUGUUUGUUUUCAUUACAUGAAAUAGAAUAGUUGAGACAGCCGUGCGGUAACACCGUGAAUCUGAGACAGCCAUUCCGUGACACCGUGAAUCUGACACUUUCCGAUCGGUGAACCCUCCAUUUAUGAAAGCGCUUAUCUAAGUCCAUAUUCUUUAAGAAGUUGGGUUUAUAGCAUUGUUUGUUUCCUAGGCUCAUGACUUGGAUUGAUCUUAAAUUUGGAAAACCACUUGUGUUACUUCAUUUUCCUUAAUCAAUCAUAUUAUGGGCACUUGUUCUAGUAGACUCACAUUUCAGUGUGGA